AUGGAGAUUUGUGCUUCCGGUGGUGUUAACGCUCUGCGUCAUGCAGUGAAUAUGGGUGGAAACUUGAAUAUCGUGGACUGCAUGGGACGGACCGUCGUGCAUGAAGCCGCUCGUAACGGACAACUCCACGUGCUAGUGGCACUGUCCGGGUUCGGAAUCCCCUUUGACGUGUAUGACGAAGAACUCUCCAACCCAAUUCAUCUGGCGGCAGCAAAAGACGAGAAGUGUUGCAAAUUUUUAGCACAGCGAGGAUGCCGUGUUAAGGUGAAGAAUAAAUUUGGUCAAACACCACGAAUGAUUGCUGUUGCGCAGGACCAAAAGGCCUGUCUGAAAGUGCUGCGCAGACUAGACCGCAACGAAGCUAAUACACCGAAGCGUGCGGAACCAUGGGCGCUUCGCUUGUAUGACUGGUGCACGACAUAUACAGCUGUACUAAGGGAACGAUUCACGCAGCUGGGCGAAUACUUGGCCGUCGAAGCGCAGAGGGCUAGCAGAAUGCAGGCUGAUGUAGCAAAGGGGAACGCCGAGCAGGAAGAAGGGAGCCAACCUGCUGUAGAGUCAUCUGGUCUCCAAGGUGGCAACCAAAGCGUCGAGCGUGGCAGACGAAGCAGAUCAAAACGUGAUGGAAGUGUUCGAAGCUCAAACAGCACUGUGAAGCCGGUGGUGCGACUUCCAGCGGUGGAGUUUGAAAGCGUGUUACAGUCCUUGUCUGCCCCGUACGAUGACACAAUCUUACACACACUUGUUUCCCUUCAUCAACGAGACGCUGAUAACUGUAUCGAUUGGCGAGAAUUUCUCUCCGGGACAAAGUACGUCAACAAGGCCUAUCGUAUGGCGGCUUACGAGAAGGGAGUCAAAAAGUCAAAAGCCAAAAAAGGUACGAACGUUUAUCAGGCGGCCUUGGCAUGGGCUGACCCCAGGGUGAUCGAACAUGUCCAGGAGAAGUGGGAGCUGGCCCAGGAGAAACUCAAGCAACAAAAGAAGUCGGGCAAGACGAGAGGAAAGCAAUCUUUUGCAGCCAGAUCCAAAAGCAAAGCGAAACCAUUAGCACCUGUCUGGCCGGUGCCAGCCAUCGCGAUUCGUCGAUCGCGUUCGUUGUACCGUGUAGCUACAAGAGGGUCCAGCAACAAUCACCCACCAAAUGCUACAGCUCCGCCCAAGAACACCUCCACAUAUUCCAAAUUUCCAUGGCUUACUCUGCCAACUCGAGCAGAACAACUUGUAAAGUUGGCAGAGGCGCGCGAACGUUAUGGAUGGGAUCAUGAUCUUCCAGGAGUUUCACUGCGCCCGUUCGACAGGCGUCUGUCGGAACGUCUAAAGGAAGCGCAAACAGCAGAAUAGUACUCAGCCGAUUUGCCCUGGUACAUUUAUGUAUUACUUAUACACUUUUACAAAAUACCAAAGACACAUUUAC